AACCUCUCUUGCUAACUGCUGAUUGGACAGCGAUCUCAGCGCCAUGAGAUCGUUAGUAGUUCUCGUCCUCCUCACCCUCCUCCUCACCGUCCACAUAGCCCGAGCUGACGAGAAGCAAUCUGGGGAUAAGGCGCAUGGUAACAAGGAUGCCAAGGGAGCUGAUGGUGGGGAAAGCUCAAAAAGAGGUGAUGGUGAUAAUGGGGUUGGGCCGGUGAAGAAACCACACUGCAAAAAGCCAGGGCACGGUCCAGACCCACAUGGUGAUGGUCAUGGGCCUCCGAAGAAAACCGAGUGUGAUGACGAUGGACAAGAAUCGCCAUCACCACCCGGUGACUCAGCUGAGGCUCCAUCCUAUACUGGUAAUGACCACCAACCACCACCUCCUCCAUCAGUGGCUCCAAGCUCACCACCACCACCACCAUCACAGUCCAGUCCCCCACCAACCUAUGAGCAACCAUCAGCACCACCACCACAGUCUGCUCCACCAGCCACUCCUCCAAGCAACAACGCGCCACCACCGUCUUCAAGUCCCCCACCUGCACCUCCACAACAAUAUCCUCCUCCACCACAAUCUAGUCCGCCUGCCACACCUCCAACAAACUAUUCACCUCCACCACAGUCCAGCCCACCUGCCACACCUCCAAGAAACAUGCCGCCACCACCAUCUUCGAGUCCCCCGGCUACACCUUCACAGCAGUACCCUCCUCCACCACAAACUAAUCCUUCUGCCACUCCUCCAACUAACUAUUCACCUCCACCACAAUCUAGUCCUCCUACCACUCCUCCAACAAACGCACCCCCGCCACAGUAUAACCCACCUGCCACACCUCCACAACAAUAUGCUCUUCCACCACAAUCUAGUCCUCCUACCACUCCUCCAGCCAACAAUUCGCCUCCACCAAAGUCUAAUCCUCCUACCACACCUCCAACCAACUAUUCACCUCCAUCAGAGUCUAACCCACCUGCUACACCUCCAAGCAACAAGCCACCUCCGCCAUCUUUAAGUCCCCCGGCUACACAUCCUGGCACACCUCCACCACAAUCUACUCCUCCUGCCACACCUUCGACUAACUAUUCCCCUCCACCACAGUCUAGCCCAGCUGCCACACCUCCGACUAUCUAUCCCCCUCCACCACAGUCUAGCCCAGUUGCCACACCUCCACCGUCUUUAAGUCCGCCAGCUACACCUCCACAACAAUAUACUCCACCACAAUCUAUCCCACCUGCCAAAUCUCCGAGCAACAUAUCGCCUCCACCGUCUUCGAGUUCUCCAACUAUACCUCCACCACAAUCUAGUCCUCCUACCACACCUCCAACCAACUAUUCACCUCCACCACAAUCGAGCCCACCCGCCACACCUCCAAGCAACAAGCCGCCUCCACCUUCCAGUACCACGGCUACACCUCCACAACAAUACUCUCCUCCUCCACAAUCUAGUCCACCUACCACACCUCCAACAAACUAUUCACCUCCACCACAGUCAAGCCCACCUGCCACACCACCAAGCAACAUGUCGCCUCCACCAUCCUCAACUCCCCCGGCCACACCUCCACAGCAGUACCCUCCUCCACCACAAUCUAGUCCUCCUGCCACACCUUUAGCUAACUAUUCACCUCCACCACAGUCUAAUAGCCCACCUGCGACACCUCCCACUAACAAGUCACCUCCACCGUCUUCAAGUUCCCCUGUUACACCUCCAGUAUAUCAGCCAAAUAACCAGCCACCUCCACCAUCCUCUAGCCCCACUACCAUGCCUCCGUCACAAUCUCCGCAGCCACCAACUUUAAGUCCACCUGCUAUACCUCCAACGUAUAGCCAACCACCUACAUCACCAGCCGGACCUGUUGUCUCACCUCCACAACAAGCAAGUCCACCUCCAUCAUCUCCAAGUGCUCCUGCCACACCUCCAGCAAAUCAACCAUAUAACCGGCCACCUCCACCGUCCUCUAGUACUCCUACCGCACCACCACAAUCUACACCUCCAACUAACUCGCCUCCAUCAUCUUUGAGUCCACCUACCAUGCCUCCAACCUAUUUCCAGCCACCUCCAUCACCAUCUAGUCCCCCUAUCACGCCUUCACAACAAUCUAGUCCACCACCACAAUCAAUUCCUCCUCCUACAAUUCCAAAUGACCAAGCUCACAACCAGGCACCACCAUCAUACAAUGUCCCAGAUUGGACCAAAGGGUGGCAACAAAUCUACAACUUCCGGGAUGCCAUGUACUGGCAGAUCGGAAAAUCUGUUGUCCAGCAAUUGACAAAGAAUAACCAGUACCUUACUCUCGUUGAUGUGCUUUGGGCAAGCAUGAUGCCUGCUGGCAUCGGAAACAACUACUUCCUAGUGCUGAAAAUGGCAGAUGUAUCGUCCCAGAAUGUCGGCAGGUACCAAGCAUUUGUGUGGGGUGUGCCCCAGCAGCAAGAGUUCCCAUGGAAAGUACUGUCUUUCCAGUAUGUGGGAAACUAAGGUCUGAUGUGCUGCAUCCAUGAUUGCACCACUUCCCUUGCAUUGUCAGAGAGCAUAUUAUACGACCUGUGUUGGUCUCCGUGUUCUAGUUUGCUUCGAUGUUAUUUUGGUGUUGUAGCAAAGAGAGGUUUGCUUCUCUAAGUAUGGAUUAGCUUUCAAUAAGACUUGUGAUGCAAUUUUGUUGCUUUUAUUACUCAACUGAUUCAUGAAAAAGAAAAAUGGAUAA